AUGGUGAAGGGCAGAAUUUUGAAUUUUGUGGAGGUGGAGGUGGCACGGUGGGAGAUAACACGGAUUCUGGGGAGGAUUUUUUUUUCAUCAGGGAAGGUGGAGGACUACGUGGAGCGUGUGCAACCGAGACCACUUCCGAAAUCAUCCCGUGAUACUGGUGAUAAAAUCCGAGAGAGAAUAACUCCUCUGGAUACGAAAAAGACGGAAUUGUCGACAGGCUCGCGCGACGAACAGUACUGGUGGUGUGAGAAUUACGUGGGUAACGAUUGUCAGAGAGAUAAGGGUGCAGCGGUGGCGGGUGAACUGGCUUGCCUCGCGACCUACAUGGCUGGGUAUCUGAAGGCGGCGGGCGCAACUUGCGCCCCAACCGGAAGUACCCAAUAUCAUCCCCAUGGUCAUCCAGCCAUGGGCGUUGGUACACAUCCACAUCCGCAUUCCCAUGGUCAUCCUGGUGGACCGCAUCCUGGUUUACCGUCGCCAUUUGCACUUGCUACACAUGGACAUCCUCAUGGGCAUCCACUCGAUCAUGGACUCGGUGCAUUUCCACAAGGUGUAGCGCAACGAAAACAGAGACGGGAACGAACAACAUUCAGUAGAGCGCAGUUGGAUGUGCUUGAAGGAUUGUUUACGAAGACCAGGUAUCCGGAUAUUUUUAUGCGGGAGGAGGUGGCGAUGAAGAUCAAUUUGCCGGAAUCAAGAGUACAGGUCUGGUUCAAGAAUCGCCGGGCAAAGUGCAGACAGCAGUUGCAGCAACAGCAGCAGGGUCAGCAGCAGCCCCAAACCUCGCCGCCAAAAGCAUCACCAAGAUCGAGUCAGCCCCAGAGCAUAACGAGUAAGUUAACAAAUAAUUCAGCAACCCCAAGCCGUCGUUCGUCACCAGUAUCAUCGCCCCGUGGCAAGGAAACAACGGGCUCAAACUCCCCAUUAGUAGCAACGAAUACAGCAUAUCCAAGACUCGGUGCCACACCGACUGGUGGCAGUGGUGCCAGUUCAGCACUGACCACCCCAUCACCACCAUUGACACCGGGUUCGAGUCAACUGCCGCCAUCCUCCUAUCCACCUCCAAUGAAUCAAAUUCAUCACAGCGAUUACGGUUUUCCCUGGAGUUCAGCCUCUCCUGGAUCCGUAAAUAGCCAAUGUUACCCGGGCCAAACAUACAACAGCUAUCAGAAUCCUUACACGUCCAGUGAUUACUAUCAGACCCAACUGUCUCACAUGCAUCACAGUCCCCAGAGCAAUUACCAUCAUCACCAUCACGGACAGUAUCACCACAACAUGACGUUAACAUCGUCAAUGUCACACUUAACUGGCCAUCAUCAUCUCAAUGCUGCCUCGGUCAACGAUAUGACGACAUCGUCACCCACUGAUUCAUCGGAAACUUACAUACUACCUGAGCAGAAGUAUCAGGCAAUGGUUUAGCGGCCGAUGGACUUGACGGAAGCUCUGCAGGAGCGCAGAAGACUUAUGCCGGUCCAUGGAAAAUCAAGUAUCAAUCGAAGGACAAUGAUGGAGUAAUGACUAGUCGAUUAGAGGAAAGAAAUUACGUUUAAAUAUUUGUUUUAUCUAGCGGGACAAUGCAAUUCGUGUAAAUGGCGACGAUGAGGACUUCAUUUGGGUUAUGGAGAUGGCCCAACUCCGUCUGUCAUCUACAGGCAAUUGAUCAUUGGGCACCGACAGAUUACUUUCAAUUUCAUGCUUUCUUCGUGAUUGUUUUCACAUCGUUUUAGAUAUAAUUGAAUCGACACUGUGGGCCUCCAAAUUCUAGGCAGCUGAGGUGGGGGAACCUGUUCAUAAAGCGGAAAACUGAUUUGCCAGGAAGUAAGACUGCCCAUCAUUUCGGCAAAAAUGAUGAAGUUCGAAUACAAUGGAAUUAGCUUUUCGAUUUAUGAUGGGUUUCGAGAAAUUUGUGAAAUUUCUCAUCCUUUCGGGAUUUGAGGGAGUUUUGAAUAGAUCUCGAACCGCAAUCAAUUCUCAAAUUACUUCAGAGUUUGAUCGUUAUCAGGAUUAACUCGCAGGAACAGAAAAACGAGUCGCGUGGUUUCGGCCCUUGAUGGAAUUUACGACGAAUAGAAGAAUUUUAAGAUAAUUAUUCGAUUCUCUAGGCUUUGAAUAAUUGGUUAUUAAACUUCAACAUGUGUUAUGUAUGUAUAUGUAUAUAUACCGAUUAUAUAUGUGCACAUAUAUGAUACCCUCAUCCGCCCGUAACUUGUACGAGACUGUUCAUAAUUUUUCAAAUGAACAUGAUGUAUUUACAAGGGAAAUAACAAGAGCAUUUGCACAAUUGUUAUUUGUAUUGUCGUCGUUAUUCCAUUGAUUGUUGUCAAUGUUCAAAAUGGCUGAUUGCCGAAUAUUUUCCAGCAAGUUUGUAAAUAUAAUUUUACUAUUGUGGAUUGAGUUGAAUGAAAAUCCAACUGUACGGAGAUAAAGUGAUGUUGAGGAGAUGCUAAAACAUUGACUAAUGAGAUUGACAGAUGGCUUCUACUUUCAUAGAUUUGACCAUUGUUUACUCUUUGACGUCAGAUAUCUCUAGAUCUUCUCAGCAUGAGUACAAAGGAAUAUUCAUCUUUUCCGUCAUCCAAAAAUUAAUGAAAUCAAAUCAAUUUUAUUAUUUGUAAAGAAUUAUAUGAAUACUUCUCGUGAUGAAUACUGUGGAAUAGACUGUAUACAAAUUGCAUAUGUUAACAUUAAACUAGAUAAUAGGAGAAAUUAAAAUGAUUAGUAUUAAUUGGUGAGGAGAGCGAAGAGUGGAUGAGAAAAUAUAUAAUCUUCAAUGUAUAUUUCAUGUAUGCAGAAUCCUUAAAAUGUGUAUAUUAUUCGUCAAAUAGAGAUAUAAAUGAUAAUUAAUUGAGAAAGGAAACUAUUACUUAGAAUAGAGCGGUAAAGAUGAUGUAGAGACAUGGGAGAGAGGAUUUUUCAGUAAGAUAUACUCUGCGCACUUCAGACAUUAAGCAUUUAAUUUGUAAUAAAAGAACGGAAAUAAUUUACUGGGAAUGAGCAGAAUUAUAUUAUAAGAAUUCGACACCAAUGUACAUAACUGUAUUCACAUAAAUAUAUCAGUAAAAAUAUAAUACGUAACGAUUUUUUCCGUUGCGUAGAGUGAGAGGAACAAAUUAAAGAGACAAAGAUAUCUUCUUACGAGUUAAAAAAUGAUAA